AAAUAGAUCAAUACGUUGGCGAACUUUCUAAGUGUUCUUCUGAGUGGAAGAACUUCUCAAGGUUCAGCGAUGGCGACUAGCCCUAAUCUCAUUGUUGCGAUAGUAUUCGCUCUCCUCACAGUCGCUUCGUCACACGUCUAUUUCGAAGAGCGCUUUGAAGAUGGAUGGGAGGAUCGAUGGGUUGUAUCUGAUUGGAAGAAAGAUGAGAACUUGGCAGGGCAAUGGAACUACACUUCUGGGAAAUGGAGUGGGGACCCGAAUGAUAAAGGUAUUCAGACUAGUGAAGACUAUAAGUUCUAUGCAAUCUCAGCUGAGUUCCCUGAAUUCAGUAACAAGGAUAAGACUUUGGUUUUCCAGUUUUCUGUUAAGCACGAACAAAAGCUAGAUUGUGGUGGUGGCUACAUGAAGUUGCUCAGUGGUGAAGUUGAUCAAAAGAAAUUUGGUGGUGAUACCCCUUAUAGUAUCAUGUUUGGACCUGACAUAUGCGGAUAUAGCACCAAAAAAGUUCAUGCCAUUUUUUCAUACCAGGGAUCAAAUCACUUGAUCAAGAAGGAUGUGCCUUGUGAGACUGACCAGUUGACACAUGUUUAUACUUUUGUUCUCCGACCUGAUGCUACCUACAGUAUCCUUAUCGACAAUGUGGAGAAACAAUCUGGUAGUCUUUAUUCUGAUUGGGACAUUCUCCCUCCAAAGCAGAUCAAGGAUGCCAAAGCCAAAAAACCUGAAGCUUGGGAUGAUAAAGAGUAUAUUCCUGACCCUGAAGAUAAGAAGCCAGAGGGUUAUGAUGACAUUCCAAAGGAGCUACCUGAUCCUGAUGCCAAAAAGCCUGAAGAUUGGGAUGAUGAGGAAGAUGGUGAAUGGACACCUCCAACAAUAGCUAACCCUGAGUACAAGGGACCAUGGAAGCCCAAGCAAAUAAAAAACCCCAACUACAAGGGAAAAUGGAAGGCACCUAUGAUUGACAACCCAGAUUUCAAGGAUGACCCAGAUUUUUUUAUUUACCCCCAUUUAAAAUAUGUAGGCAUUGAACUGUGGCAGGUGAAAUCUGGGACCAUGUUCGACAAUAUUUUGGUUUGCGAUGAUCCUGAUUAUGCAAAGAAGCUUGCUGAAGAAACUUGGGGAAAGCACAAGGGUGCUGAGAAGACGGCAUUUGAAGAGCAAGAGAAGAAAAGAGAAGAAGAGGAAUCAAAGGAUGACCCAGAUGAUUCAGAUGCUGAGGAGGAUAAUGAUGAUGCAGAAGGCAAUGAAUCCGAUGAUGAAUCUAAUGCAGAGACAGAAAAAGAUGAUGAUGAUGAUGAUGAUGAUGAUGAGGCUCACGUAUGCUUCUCUCUUCAAUUUAUCUGGAUCUCCCGGCUUAAACACAUUCAAAUUCUGUUCUCAUAUAUUUUUUCAAUUUGCAGGAUGAGUUAUAGGAAAUGGGGCUUCAAAUUCCUGCAGCAAAAUAUGGUUUAGAAAUGUGUGGUUGGGGUGGUGAUACACCCAAAGAUUUUCCCUUUUCCCCUUUUCUUCCUCUCCCUUUUUCUUUUUUUUUUUUGUUUCCUAAGCGGUACGAGAAUAUGCAAUAUAUGGCAAUGAACUCUUUGCCUAUAUGCAGCCUCUUUGAGAAAGUAAUUCAGAAAUGCAAUAAUCUCGAGUUGCAUUCUCUGUAA